UGUUGAUGCUUUCUGUAGUAAAUCACAACCACCACCAACCAAACAAAAUUUUACAAGCGUUUUUUGCGUAAACAAAGUAAAGUAUCAAUUAAAAAUAAGUUAAUAUGCACAAGUUUCUAUGAUGUUGGACUAAUAAAACGCAUACAAAAGACUGUCUACUGAGGGAUGUGUUCCGUGGUCAAGAAAAACUUACAACCUGCAUAAUCAGCUGUCAGUGAGAUAGAUCAUCUGUACCUGUAAAUAAGAAACUGAAACAAUCAAAACACGUUUCGUUUUCGUGUGUGCAAGUUAUGUAGCAAUCAAUUUACACACGAUGUAAAAUGUACACCGUCCCAGGCCAGUCACAAUCGAAGGAUGGAUGUGGGGUAAUAACCUAUCAGAUGGACGUGUAUCACGAUGGAUAGGGCUCCUUGAGUUCGAGGGGAGCGAUUUUCACCGCGAAAGUCAUUAAAUGCCGAAACAUGUCGGGCGACUUUCCGUUCGUGGCUAAAUUGGUGAGUCCACUGAAGUGCAAUGAGAAGCCGUGGGAUUUGUGGGUCAGCGAGAUCGGGCACCUGUCCCCGCGGCGGGAUGACGAGGCGGGGGUGUUCGCCCCGCAGGCGGCGACGGACGUCAAGGCCAACGUGUCCCGGCGCGUACACGCUGGACACCCAUACAAGGCGGGGGACCGGGGCCACACGAGAUACCGCCGAGCCGGCGUCAACCGCCUGCGCGCCGACACCAUGAGCCUCCACAGCCUGUUCCCCCAAAUGGACAAUUUGAACGCAGCAGUGUGUCAUAUGUGCGGUGUUAUAGUGAAAUGUAGUGCAGCAUACAGACAUUUACUGGAAUCCCAUGGUGGUGCUGAACCUAUCCUCCCUCCGCCCCCUCCCACUGUGAAACUCAAAUCUGUCCCCGGCCGAAGUAGACACAAAAAGGAUCCUCCACCUCCGGUCCCUGUAGACAUACUACCUGUAAAAUUAGAGAGUUCCCCUGUGCACACGGCUGCGGCGCCUAUUUCGAGGAUAGUCCUGCCGCAGCCGGAUUUGCAGUAUUUGGAGGAGCCCAGCACAUCAUCUGCGAUAAGCGGCGAGGUGCAGGUCAGCAUGGCGAGCGGGGAACUGCCCGUAGUCAGUAUACAGGACACAGAGGAGCUACCCCUCGGUGAAAAUUUGACUGAUGAUAUUUUCGCAAUAAUGAAUUCCGAAGGUAUACAGAGCGCCGACGACAUCACAAACACUGCCGAUUGGAAGAAUAUUAUUAGAGAUAUAGGAAAUAUGCACGACAUGAAUUUUUCAGCGGCUCUUCAAUCGCAGGACCUAUACUCCAUCACAGAGAAUGAUUUAAAUAGUAUACAGUUCCCGAAUACUUCCCCCAUGCUCACCGCUGUAGUGGACAAUAACAUUGUAAAUACUCAAGUCAUAAAAGCUAUUCCGGCGACGACGACGCCCGUACCUAAACCCGCAUCACGAAGGCAGAGCAAAACGAAAUUUAAUUUAAGAGAGUACGACCCCAACAAACACUGCGGGGUGGUGACCAUCGAGAACCCCCGGCCGUGCACGAGGUCGCUGACGUGUAAAGCGCACGCCCUGUCCUUGAGAAGAAUGGUGGAGGGACGAUCGAAACCCUUCGAUACGCUGCUGGCCGAGCACCGGGCCUCGCGGGACGCGGCGGCCGCGGGCAGCUCGGCCGCGCCCGGCCCCGUGCCGCACCCGACGCCCGCGCCCGGGCCGCUCAUCCCACCGCUCCUAGUCAAUACUCCCCUGGAUCUCGGCACGUUCAACGGCCUGACGGACGAGCAGCAGGUCAACGACAUAUACGCGAGCCUGCUCAGCGUCGAGGACCCGGUGCUGCCCGACACGUCGAGCAUCACGUCGCUGCUGAGCCAGCCGCUGCCGGCCGAGCUGCUGUUGCCCGACGAGGCCGAGCUGCCUGAGGUGCCGGUGCUGAGCAUCGCGUCGCCGCCGCGCCCGGCGCGGGAGGACCGGCCGGAGCUGCCGCCGGCGCUCGUGCCCGCCGACGUGUGCUGGUACUCCUCCUGCCCGCGUCCGCUCGCGCUGUGCACCUUUAACGCGUCGCACGCGGGCGGCGCCGUCACGCUGGGCAAGAGGUUCGCGACGGUCCGCAGUAGCAUCAAGUCGGCGCUGUCGCGCGGCACCAAGACGGCCGUCAAUAGCUACGCGCACAGCCUGUCGCUGUCGAAGACGAUGCAUAUGAACAGUGCGAGCAAAACGAACAAACCCGAGGUGCGGAAACUCAUAGUGACGUGUAGUGCUAGCGGCGGCAAGGAGGUGCAACAGACUCUGAGCGAGCUGUUCGGUUGCGGGGCGGGGGACGGGGCGGGGCUGAACGGGCACGUGGCGCGGCGGGCGCGGGGCAAGCGGCCUCCCUCCGUGCUCGACCUGGCCUUCCCGCUCGACCCCCUGUUGGCGGACGAGAAGUGCUGAGCGGGCCCCGCCCCCGAGCCCCGCCUCGCCCCGCCCUCCGGUUGUGUAGUCGUAAAUGUAUAUUUAUUUUUCUGUAUGAAAUCGAAACGGACGCGCAUUGUAAAUGUUUAAUCACGAAUUUUGUCCCGCGAGGAAUGUAAAUGUUACGAUAAUGUUAAAUCUCAAUUUUUAUUUUCGAGAAUCGAACUAAUGUUUGUAUUAUUUUGUAUAUUAUUUGUAAGAUUUUUAAAAAGCCGGCGCGAGUCGGCCUGACGAUUGAGAAAUAAUAGAAUAUGAAAUGGUUGUAUUUUUUGGAAUCGCGUAAGUCACAGUCGAUAUCUAUCCGAGAAUGGCCUAGGUUUAAUGUUAAUUGUGAUGAAAAUUUCCAUGUAAAAAUAUAAAUACUUACUAUUAAAAUAAGUCUAUCCGUAAUAGCAAAUUGCCUCCUUUUAAAGAUACCUCAAUAACAAAAGCUAUUUGUUUUAAUUAAUACAGUACACCUCUACGAACUGGUUUCAAUAUGAUUUCCCACGAAUUGUGAAAGUCUCGAGACAGAUAUAACGUCGUUAAACUAAUUUUAAUAAUCGAAUAAUUAGGCCAGUAAUGGUGCAAUUUACACACAAUUAUUAAAGUUAAAUUUUUACCUGUUUCAUGUUUGUUAAAAUCAUGAUUUUAAUGGCAAGGUUACAAAACAGAGUUACCCAAUUGCAAAUGUUAGAAUACAACACAAAAAUAUUCGGUAGUUUUAUUUUAAAUUAAAUGCAAUAAUUCGAUAUU